UGGCUGAUCUGUUCUCUUCCCAACUGACAAUUCAGCUCUCCGCUGGGAAAAGAAAUGGUGUUUCCCGCCCCACUGUUAGCUCGGCCUUCCAGUCCGCCCCCUCCCUUCUAGCAAGUGUUCUGUUUUUUAUAAAUAUCCUAAUCUGUUCCUCCAUAUCUGGGGGAAGAUCUCCACCAUCUAUCCUCUCCAUUUUGCCCCUUGUGUUUGGCUGAGGGUUUUCCCCCAGUCCACCCACACUCAUACAUAUACAUCUUGUCUUGGAUUUGUUCCUUCUCUGAUAUUUCCCUGCUGCUCCACGCUCCACUCUGCUGCCACCUGAGGUCCUCGGUUGUCUGCUUUCCCCAUUAUUCUCGCUCCUUUUUUUUCUACCUUCAGCUCCUCUUCCAUUUCAUCUUCCAGCUGACAUCUGCAGCUCUUCUGUUCCUGGAUUUCCACUUGCUCUCGACUCUUCCCCCCCCCACAUCCCCCCCACCCCCAGCUAUGUUUCAUACUAUUCCCACCUGAUCCCUCCAUUUGGAAUCUACCUCUAUUCAUUUGCCUCUGGCCGGUUUUUUUCUUUCCCCCCUACAACCCCCCUCCCCCCCCCACCGCCUUUGAUGCUGACAUAUUUUGACUUUUCCUUCAUCCUCCGACUCAUGUUUCCAGUGGCUAUUUUUCUACACAAACCAUUUUCAGCUUGCUCCAUUGGAUUGUGUUUCAUCCAGAACACGACCAGUGCUAUUCCCAGCUGAGAUUUCUCCCCGUCUAUGCGCUCACUCCAGGCUUGGGUGUGUCUGUUAUCUUCUUAUCUCGCUUUUCUAGAAGCGUGUGCCUUUUUAUUUUCUGCUGCUGCUUCAAGAACAAACACAUGGUCGUUUUCUACCCCCUGUACCAUGUGGUCUCCUUUGGCAGCCUGGCUGCCUCUCCUCUGCCGUCUGAGGAAGUUGCCCAGUUCUUGUGAACACCUACAGUUCCUCUGAACUGCACCUGAUGAGCCCAGCUGGGCACUGCUAGGGAGAAGACAAGGCCUACGAUGUUGUGGAUGCCUGUAGCCAGGGAAUUUCCGAUCCUUCAUUCACUUGUGGCCUGACAACCCCGAGACCAGCCAGAGAAGUGAUGCUGAGGAGCUGAGGAUACCGACCAACCAAUGCCAGCACCACUGCCCUGGCUUGUUCAGUACUAACUGGAGACCACCACGCAGCUGCCUGUGAGCACCCAGGCUGUCUUCUGUCUAUAAGACACCAAGGAGUUACACUCUGGUAACUCUCUGAUUUGAGACCACCGUAUGCCUAUAAACCAAAGGCCGUCUGGCCCUCCCAUGCCUCUUAACAACAAGAAGGUGUUUUCAGCCCUCUCUGUAACCAGCAAUUCCAGCUGUUGAAUACCAUACAAACCUAAAUACAGACGACUGAAUGCUUGUCACUGGAGAACGAUACCUGUUGCUGGAGAACUCUAGGAAAGCUGUACUCCGAUAACGAGGGACCUCUAAGAACUCUAGAAUGUUUGGUGCUAGCCAAAGAAAUUCAACUUUCCCUUUUUCUCUAGUGCUGUCAUAUGACUGCAGUCAACAGACAGGUCCUGCCCGCAUCUUGAAGCGCCUGUAGCUACACCCCCCCACACACAGUCAGGCUGUUCUGUAUACCUUUAGCCAGACAACUCCCAAAGCACUGUGGGCUGCUAGCCAGAUAACUUGGGUCUUGGAUCAUUGGUCAUUCCUGUGUAUAUCUACAGCCAGAGACCGCCCUGGAGCAUGGAUAUGCCUGUAGCCAGCAAACCCCAAGCCACGGUGCAGCUGUAGGCAGGAACGUCAAUAUCUCCUGUUGCUACAGAUAACCCACAAGGCUGUUCACAGAGUAUCAGGGAGAUUUCUGAACACUUGUAUGCCUGUAGUACGAGAAGUGUAAACUUUGCUCUAGGUGUAACUCUACUGCAUGCCUGUAACAACAACGUUGGCCUUGCUCCACUCAUAGUCUUACUCUGUUCCAGUAACCAAGAAAGCUCGGUGAACCUGUAAUCAAGGCCUUGGUCUGCCUGUAGUUCUGUACAUGCCUGUCACACACAAAAAACCAGCAGUGGCAAAACGGUACCCGUAGCAGUGCAGCGGGAGACCCCUAGGCCCAGGAGAAGUGGGAAGACUGCCGGAUGCCUGGCUGUGGGGAAGGAGGUGUGAAGGGCAACAGUUUCUCAGUGUGGGGCAGCGCCAUGUAGAGGCGCCCCUAGAGGGGGGGAGAGGAGAUGUGUGCAGUGACUCGUGGGUAACUGGAGCCCGAUUGGCCGGGGAGCAACGUUACAUGAAUGUCCAACGGAGGCAGGUUCGAGUUUGACGAUGGCGGCUGCUAUGUGGGUGACUGGGAGGAGGGCCGGGCACAUGGCUACGGCGUCUGCACCGGCCCGGGAGCCCAGGGGGAGUACAGCGGGCGCUGGAGCCGAGGCUUUGAGGCCUUGGGCGUCUACACCUGGCCCAGCGGCAACACCUACCAAGGGCACUGGAGCCAAGGGAAGCGCAGCGGCCUGGGAGUGGAGCGGAAGAGCAAGUGGAGCUACAAGGGGGAAUGGAGCCACGGGCUGAAGGGGCGCUCGGGCGUCUGGGAGAGCCACUCGGGAGUCAUCUAUGAAGGCAUGUGGCGCGAGGGCCUGCAGGAUGGCUACGGCAUGGAGACCUAUGCUGAUGGAGGUACCUACCAGGGCCAGUGGCAAUCGGGCAAGCGUCACGGAUACGGCGUGCGCCAGAGUGUCCCCUACCGUCAAGCAGCGCUGGUGCGCUCUCCACGCCGUACCUCUUUGGAGUCGCUCCACAGCGAGACUGAUCCGAAUGCCCCUGCGCCACCUCUCCCUCCUCCUCCUCUCCCGCCUCCACCACUCCCAGGGGACAGCCCGGCCUCAGGAUCCAGGGGUGGUUUUGUUUUGGCCUUCCCUGGCGACCCAGAUUUCCCCAAGGGAGCCAAGAAGAAAACAGGGGGCUUUUUCCGGCGUUCCCUGCUCCUGAGUGGGCUGCGGGUACGGAGGGCUGAGUCUAAGGCCUCCCUGGGGAGCAAGCGGGGGUCCCUCAAGAGCGAGGCAGGGGUCAGUUCAGCUGGGAGUGAGGCCACCACACUCAGCUAUGCUGAAACAGAACCCCCCGAGCUGCCUUCAACUCUGACCAUUGAGGGCUCUUCCACUGAGGUCUAUGCGGGAGAGUGGAGGGCAGACCGACGAAGUGGCUAUGGGGUGAGUCGGCGUUCCAAUGGGCUCCGGUAUGAGGGCGAGUGGCUGGGCAAUCGGCGUCACGGCUACGGGCGCACCACCUACCCUGAUGGCUCCAAGGAAGAGGGCAAAUACAAGCUCAACCGUCUGGUGAGUGGCAAAGUGAAGAACUUGAUACCCCUCCGUCGGAGCAAGGUCAAGGAGAAAGUUGACCGGGCCGUGGAAGUGGCCAGAAGGGCAGUCAGUAUGGCACGGCAGAAGCAGGAGGUGGCCAUUGCCAGGGCCGCGGAUGCUCGUCUGAAGGCUGCCACUGCCCUCGGUGCUGCUGAGAAGGCCCUUGAAGCCGCCCGCCUGGCCAAAAUUCUGGCCCAGGAACUGCAGCCCAUCCUAGCCGAACCUGAGCCGCGUGGCCGGUUGGAUUCGGAAGGCACCGACACAGACUUCCAGGAGUACGACAGCCCCCGGGUCUACGAAAACGGGAUCACCCCUUCGGACGUCACCCCAGACCCCAGCCUCCCGCCCAGCUACCCUCCUACGCCCCUGCAGCCCUGGCGUGGGGACCCUCGGCGGACUUGGCCCCCCUUGGAGAACGGGGGCCCUCGCCAGCACCUCCCGGAGGCCUCUGACCCCGAGGAUGAGUGGGGCUGCCGGAGCAGCUUCCCUUCCCGGACACCUGGGUUUGCCCCCAAGGGGCGGUGGGAGGGGGACGAGGAGCAGGAGCCGCUCAGCAGCUACGAGGCGGAGGAGGAAGAUUACGAGGGGGUCCCCCGUCACCCCCAGCUGGCCAGCCCGGCCAGCGGCAGCUCGGGCAGCCUCCGGGAGGAAGAGGAGGAGGAGGAGGAGGAGGAAGAGGCAACGUCCAGGCCUUAUGCUGGGGAGACCCAGGUAGAAACAGCAGCUGUGGCAGCCCACAGGGACCCCCCCGGACUGGAGAACGAGGAGAUCCUUGGGGGUGCAGCAGCCUCCGCGGCAGACAGAGAGGAGGCCCCAGGAGCUGUGCGGAGAAGGGAGAGACAGGGAGCCCACCCAAUGGUCGUGGCCGCCAUCCUGUUGGUUGACGUGAGUCUGGCCUACCUGUUCUCGCUGCUCCUCACUUGAGCUGGGUGGGGGCAGGGGGGGCUACUUUUGACCCUGUUUCCUCCUCCUCCCCCUCCUCCCCACCCCGCCCACCUGCCCACCCCACAACAACGGUUUGGUAACAGACUUCUCUCCAUCCUAUGCCUUUCUCCCUGCCCCCUUUCUCUUUUUCCACGUCUUUAUCCCCCACCCCACCCUCUCCCCACUUGCUGCCUCCGACCCUUGACCUUUCUAGAUUGUUUACAUACGAAGGGCUCUCUUUCUACCAGAGAUUUCUCUGUUUUUCUUGCUGUCUCUCCGAAACUGCAACCACUUCCCUCCCUUCCCGCCUCACGUUUCCUGGUCUUUUUGCCCAGCGACAUCCAUCUUUCUUAUUCACACCAUGAAUCUUGGGGGCAUUUGGGUUUGGUUUUUUUGUUUCGGAGGGGGAGGUCAUACAACUGGACCGAGAUCUAGGGAUAGCUUUAGCCUUGUGGGGUUUUUAAAUUUUGUUAGGGCCACUGACUGUAGGGACUCCCAAUCUGUAAGCCUGCCAUGAAGUUGCCUCACUCCACAUCAUCCCUACGGGGUCAAUUCAAACCUCUCUCCCUUCCAACCUUAGAAGAUUACAUUUUUUUUCAGGAGGGGACGAGAGACGUCUCCACGAAGCCUUCCUCUCUAACCCAGCCCAUGAGCAUUAAUUCUGUAUCACCCCCAACAGGUGCUCCUCUGGAAUUUUGAAACAGAGAGAAGGGGCUAACCGAGGCAGGGACAACUCGAGGCUCUCCAACUGCUAGACUACAUAUCCCAUCAUCCUUAGCUGCAGUUGUGUGUGGGGAUGAUGGGAGUUGUAGUCGGGCAGCAGCUGCAGUGCCUCUGAUUGCCCAUCCUGGGCUAACUUAUUUCCUUUAGGGAAAAGGUAUCAAGUUCCCAAAUAUUCUCUCUCCCCUUUUCUGCUAGAAGAUGGUGCUAUGCAGCACGGGGACAGGAGAGAAGCAGGGCACCACCAACCCCCCAAAAGGAAACCUCAGUUAGUCAGUGAAAUUUCAAGAGCAUUGGAGGGAAAGGCUCUAUCUUGCUCUCUUUUCCCCACAAUCCUUCUCUCUCUCUCUCUCUCUCUCUCUCUCUCUCUGCCACCUCCUUUUCCCUGAGGGAACCGGAACCUUCUUUUCAAACAAAAAACAAAUGAAGAAACAAACAAAAAGUUAACUUUUUAUUUACGCUUUUAUAAACAUUUUUCUCGCAGCGUUUGAAUAAUAAAAGAAAAUACAUUAUAAACUAACGAGAGGGUGAAAGGGAGAUUCCUGUUGCUUAAGAGAAAGUGAUUUCACACAGGGGACUUUGCAGUUCCCACAAACAGGAAGUAUAAUGGGGGGGAAAGUGGGGCGUUGCUGGGCCAAACUAGAAAAUGCCUCUUCUGGCAGUAGAAUUCCUUACGGGCAAAAGGUAGGAUGGCCUCCUAUGUAUUGUAUGUGGCUGGAGAAAGUUCCUCCUUGGGAUGCCAAAAAUGGGGGGAAAAAAAAUAUAUAUAUAUAUAUAUAUAUGGGGAAAGCCAAAAGGACAAAAGAAGGAAAUCCCGCCUCAGAGAAGCUUUGAAGAAGAAAAGACCCGACAAUGGAAAAGGAGAUAACUUUGCCUUCUAGAGGGUAAAAGAGUUGACCCCUAUGGGGGAAAAAAGUAGUUGUGCCUUUGGAAAGGAAAAGUGCAAUAGGAGAGACCCUGCAUGAGAGGGGCAAAAGAGGAAGUCCCGCCUUUUUCAGGGUGCUCAGAGUGCAAUACAGAAAGUCCUGCCUUCCAGAUGGCAAGGAGAGGCAUUUUAAGGGCAAAAGAAGCUAAAAGAGGGCUUUAAAAGGGAGGGGGCUUUGCGGCCCCUUAUAUAUCCUUUCAUGUUGUGAGUGACUGGGAACCAGAGUGGCGAAUUGAUAGACAGAGGAUGAUGGUGGAGUCCCCUAGUAUAUUAUGGGGUGUCUCCACGAGGAAUCUCCCGCUCAGCCCCUCCCUGGAUUCUGCAUGAGGAAAUGACUGAUCCUUUGCUGCGUGCUGUGUAUACUGAGAAUGUCUGUAUAGCCGACAAAAACAGAAAAAAACCCCACCCUUCCCUACAGUUUUCUACCGCCUGCCCCCGUCUCCUUUGAUGCUUUAUUCUGGCCUUGAUCCGAAGAUUUCCCCUCCUACCGUAUCCCCCUCUUAUUCCUGGUUUGCCUUUUUGACUGGAUAUUUCUUAUUUUGUGUCUUUGGAAUUGAAGAAAAAAAAAACAUUAAGUCUUGCAGGAAAAAUAAUUUAAUAAAAAUAUAUUAAUAAAAACUGUUUGAGAAUGUUUUACUUUUGGAGCCUGGGAACCAACCCCACUAAUUCCUUCAGCUGAUGGUAUCCACGAGGUCGGAGGGCUCGUAAUGUUUGAAGUACUAAUAAGAAGACUGCCUGAGCAUGUGCAGAGUAUCAUGCACAUCUGGAAAUUAGUCUGUGUGCAGAGGUAUAUUGUAUGUACAUUUAGACAUGUAUGUAUUUGUUUCUGCAUAUGGAAGACAAGUGAAACAGUGGUUUUUGCAUUUUGUUUUUCAGUCCUAUGCAUGUUUCCUUGGAAGUAAGUCCCACGGGCUUAAGUCCCAGCACGGCAUACUUCUAAACAAACAUGUAUCAGAAAUUGUGCUGCUAAUCAAUCCAUUUGUGUGAUUAACCAACUAUUUAACUUCAGAUUAAAAUGUAUUAAGUAUUUAAAUGUUAAUAUCUUGCCUUGCUGAGCCCAAUCAGAUUCUCAGAAUUGCUCCCAACCAUCAACAUCACAAAACAGGAAAAACAGCUAAAGACACAGUAGAAGCAACAACCAAGUCCCAAGUGGCAGCCAAACCUAAUUCUGAGUAUAUCAGAGAGCCCUGGGGAGGAAAGUGUGUCUAGAGUGAGCUGUCUGCCCUUGCCACAUGAAUACAUCCAGAAAUGGGUUUAGCUUGAUCUCAUGGAGUUCUACACCCUGGGUGCCACCACCAUGCAGGUCAUGUCCUUCUUGGAUGGAGUGGGAUUCUCAACAUGCAGGACUCCUGCAUUCUCCCCCUCAUGACAUCUGGGGAAUUCAUAAGUAGUAGGCUCAGUGCCCUUGAUGCUUCACCUCCUAUUGAUGUAUCUUGCAAGUGAGCUAAAACAACCCAAAGUCUUGGGUUUCUGGGAGACAUGAGUUCAAUUCCUGCCUCUCUCAUGGAGUCAGUGUGUGGCCUCUGGUGCAGUGAGUCAUAUCGUAUUUACCUGAAUCAAAGAUGACUCUGAAUUUAAGACGGCCUCCUUAAAAAGUAGAGGUUAAAUACAGGUUAUACUUGCAUUUCCUGGAAAGGAACAACCUCCUGAUUUCUAAUAAGAACAUAAGAAAAGCCCUGUUGGAUCAGGCCCAAGGCCCCUCUAGUCCAGCCUCUGUCCUGUUCCACACAGUAGCCCACCAGAUGCUGCUUAGAAGUCUCUCCUGCUGUUGCUCCCCUGCAACUAGCAUUUGGAGGCAUCUUGCCCCUGAAGCUGGAGGUGGCCUAUAGCCACCAGACUAGUAGCCUUUGAUAAACCUGUGUCCAUGAAUUUGUCUAAGCCCAUUUUAAAGCUAUCCAACUUAGCUACUAACAUUAAAAACAAACAAACAUAAUGGGAAAAUCCAGUCCUGGAUUCAGGUAAACACAGUAUUCUUUCAUCCACUCAUUCAAAAGACUUACAUGCCACCCUUCUUCAUAAAUGAAUUCAUGGUGGCUUACAACCAGAGUAAGACAGAGCACAUGUACUUGUGAUUUAUUCAUAUACAGUAAUGAAACUAAUUACAAACUUAACGGUUUGGGCCCGGGAUACCUGGGGGACCGCCUGCUCCCAAGGGUUGCUGCCCGCUUGACGAGGUCAUCUGAGGGGGCUCUGCUCUGGGUGCCGACAAUGAGUGAGGCUUGGUUGUCGUGCAUGCGGGACAGGGCCUUCUCUGUUGCUGCCCCCAGACUCUGGAAUGCUCUCCCGGUGGCUAUUCGCUCCUCUGUCUCCAUCACAGCUUUUAGAAAGAGUGUAAAAUCUUGGCUUUUUGCCCAGGCUUUUAUUUGAUUGUCUCUGCUGCUGCUCUUUGUACUCUGUAUUGCUUUUAUGCUUUUGUUUUAAAUUUUUUAAUCAGAUUUGUUUUAUAUUUUUAGCUUAAUACUUUGUGUCUUUUUUACAAUCUUGUUUUUAAAUUUUGCUGUAAACCGCCUUGGGAUUGUUUGAAUGAAAGGCGGUAUAUAAAUUUAACAAUAAAUAAAAUAAAUAAAAAUAUCCUCAUUA